UUUAUUUCCCUCGUGCUGAUAGCGCAGCCAUUCUAAGAAUCAUGUUGAAUACCAUCAAGGGGGAGUUACGCCUUUCGAGGGAACUCGCGACCAAUCACCGCGACUCACUUGGGGUUACUGCAUCUCUUGUGGGCGGGACUCAAUAUGUGACUCCUUCAGCUCGUCAAACCCCAAGGUGGGGUUCGUGGUCGCAGGUGCGGCCAGUUGGCUGGCGAACCUCGCGACGAAUGUGUUGUACUAUUUUCGUGUCACGUAUCAAUCUCUACUAUUUUACUCCGAGAAUCGCCGGCAUUUAACGUGUGUGUACUACUUGUUAUUUAACAUAUAAACAUCUAGAUUAUUUUAUUCUCCAAUCUUACUUUAUUUUGUGGAUAAAAAUAAUCAACAUUGUACACUGAACGGAAUUAUUUUAUUAUAAAAAACAUUUGUUAUUAAAAUAGACAACAGGAUAUUGAUUAUCAUCAACGAUUCGUUGUUAAAAUGAUACAGAAUGUUGAAAUGUUUUUAACUGGUUUUAUGACAUCUGGAUUAUUCAAACAAUUAGUUAACAAUCUAGUGGAAAUGUGAUAUUGAUAAAUAAUAUAACUAUCAGUGUAUUUAAAUAUAUCACAAAGGAUAUUAAUUAUUAAUAAAAAUGUAAAAUUAUUUAAUUGUAUAAUUUUGACUUUACAAAUGUGUGCCAUUAAUUAAAUAUAUUGGGUUAUUACAUACACAUUUUUAAAUAAUUAUUAAUUUAUUCUUAUAAAUAAUUAAGUAGAAUUUUUUUUUCACAAUAAUAGUGCCAAGUGAAGUGAAAUAGUUGAUUGAGUAGAAGAAAAAAAAAAGAGAAAUAGUGUAAAAGUGUAUGGGUGAAUGAUAAAACGAUAAGUUUUAGAAUGUUUGAUAAGUGUUGAUAAUAAAUAAAAAAAAAUUAAUUGUGUAUUAAAAGAAUAAAUAGGAAUAAAAGUGGGUGCACUGGGGCCCUCAGAGCCACUUGAGCGAUACGGUCCAGUGGAAGGUGGCCGUAUCAGUGAUAUUCUGACAGCCGAAAGAGUGGGGAUAAGGGCGGCCGCAGCCGCGGCUGGGGAGGUGGAGGGGUACGGGGUUACAGGGGCCGCGACAGGCGCCCCUGGGGUUGGUGUAAGUGGCACCCCCCGAUUAAGAGAAGCAACCCUAGGGGGUUCCCCCCGUUGUGCACCCCUCACACUUACCCAGGCCCAUAAUAUUGGGAGGUGUGGUUUGGCAAUGCUCCUGUCAUGUGCACGAUGCAAGAAACCGAUUAUGGACAAAUUCUUUUUAAACGUUCUAGAAAGAGCGUGGCAUGCUGAGUGUGUCCGAUGUUUUGACUGUGGAUUAGAAUUGCAGGAAAAAUGCUUCUCAAGAGAAUCAAAAAUCUUUUGUAGAAAUGACUUUUUCAGGAGAUAUGGAACAAAAUGUAGUGGUUGUCUCCAAGGAAUAAGUCCGCAAGACCUCGUGAGAAAAGCUAGAGACAAAGUUUUCCACCUGAACUGUUUCACCUGCCUCAUCUGUCGAAAGCAACUGAGUACUGGUGAAGAGUUGUACGUCUUGGACGACAACAAGUUUGUCUGCAAGCAAGACUACCUGUCGGGAAAGCCCUUGCCCGAUGUCCAUCAUGCUCACAGCCAUCAUGGUGGAGAUUCAUUGAUGGGUUCUGGUUCUGAAGAUGAAGAUGAUGAUAGUAGUAACCAUCAUCAUCACCAUCAUCAUCAUCAUGGAAGUGUUAGUGGAUCACAUCUAGGUCCUCAUAGUCUGGGACCUGGAAGUACAGGUGACCAGAGUGUAGGACAUGUUAGUGAUUUACCACUAGGAAGUGAUUCUUGCAAACAAGAAGAUUCUGAAGAUCAAGGUUCUCUAGAUGGUGAUCCGGAAACAAGAGAUAGUCAAACAGAAAAUAAAAGCCCUGAUGGUGGAGCUGGUGGUGGUAGUGGUGAUGGUGGAGCUGGAUCAAAAAGGCGAGGACCCAGAACGACGAUAAAAGCUAAACAACUAGAAAUAUUAAAAAAUGCUUUCUCAGCGACCCCUAAACCAACUCGACAUAUUAGAGAACAACUUGCAAAAGAGACUGGAUUGCCAAUGCGAGUUAUACAAGUUUGGUUUCAAAAUAAAAGAAGUAAAGAACGUAGGUUAAAACAACUCACCACAAUGGGAAGAGGACCAUUUUUCACUAAUUCUAGAAAAAUGAGAGGUUUUCCAUUGAAUCUCAAUCAUGGUGCAUUGGGUGGUGAUGAUGGACCACCUCCAGGUUUUCCAUAUUUUCCAGCUGAUAAGUUUGAGUUUGGAUAUGGUGGUCCAGUUACCUUUCAUCAUGAAUUCUUCGGUACUCAUGGUCCUCCUCAUCCACAUGGACCACCAUUUGGAGGUCCUGCUAAUCCUGUUCCAAACUUGUUUGUGACAGGUCUUGACCCAGCUAGUAUAGCGGGAAUGGCAGCGGCAGCAGCAGUUGCAGGGGAAUAUCCACCACCAGGCGCCGCAGGCGGCCCGUCGGAAUUUCUCACAGGACCUUCAGGCCAAGGACCUCAGCCACCGUCGGGUGGUAGCCCUGGCGAGUUCUUGACACCUACAGGCGGUGGACAAGGUAAUCCAGGAGGAGGUGGCAAUUGUGGUGCUCCUGGAAGCGGAGGUGGUGGUGGUAGUGGUGGUUUCCCUGAGCAGCAACACCAGAUGCAGAGCGAGGGUCUCGUCUGGUAGAACGAGUUUACGUUUAAUUUAUCUUUUAUAUAUAUACAUAUUAAUCCAUCCGAACUCGAUAAUGUGGAAUCGGUAAUGAGAGCGAGUAUUACAAAUAAAUAUCACAAAUAUUAACAUAUUUUGAAACGAAUUCCAACAAAAUAAAAUAAAUACCGGACGAAUGAAUAAUGAUUUAUUAAAGAUUUUAAUAUAAAAUAAUUCAAGUACAGGCAAUUACGUGAUGUUCUUUUUGUUUUCAUAUUCAUUUUAUUAUCAUUUUUUGAUUGAUAGAAAUGAUUUGA